AUUUCAGACGAAAACAAAAGUUGUGGUGAUGAUUUGCAAUUAAGCCAUAACCAUACACUAAGGAGAACAAUGCCUUUCUGUCAAUUCGGGGAUCAGUUCCAAAUCUUUCUUGUCUUCUUCUCUCUGCAAAUCUUUUUGUCAUUUCUCCCCAAAAGCUCUUCGUCUUUCGAAUCUCUCCCUCUCUCUCUUCAAUGAUUCUCCCAGCUCUCUCCCUUCACAAAACCCACGCGAAGCUUCAUGUUCCCGAUUCAUCAUCACUCCCAUGAAAGCCAAACGUCUCGACCGGGAUUUCCCUCCUUCCGACGAUCCCCCCGCCGCCAAACGCCGCAAGGACGUCGAUUCCGAUCUCCAUAACCCCCACGACACCGCGGUGGCCGCAGCUGACGGGGUCGAAUCCACCGCAAUCCGGCUCCUCCGCCUCCUGUUACAAUGCGCCGAAUAUGUCGCGACGGAAAAUCUCCAGGAAGCCUCGAGUCUGUUGCUGGAGAUCUCGGAGAUCAGUUCUCCGUUCGCUUCGUCGCCGGAGCGUGUGGUCGCGUACUUCGCGCAGGCUCUACAAGCGCGCGUGUUCAGCUCCUGCCUCGGCGCGUACACUCCACUCACCGCCCAGAGGUCACUCACCAUGGCUCAGUCUCAGAAGAUCUUCGCCGCCUUGCAAUCGUACAACUCCGUCAGCCCGCUGAUCAAAUUCUCGCAUUUCACGGCGAAUCAAGUGAUCUUCGAGGCGGUGGAGGGGGAGGAUCGCGUCCACAUCAUCGAUCUCGACGUGAUGCAGGGACUUCAAUGGCCGGCGCUCUUCCACAUCCUCGCCUCCCGCCCCCGUAAGCUCCGGUCGGUGAGAAUCACCGGAUUCGGCUCUUCCUCCGUUCUCCUGGCGUCCACCGGCCGAAGACUCGCUGAUUUCGCGGCGUCGCUGGAUCUCCCCUUCGAAUUUAACCCGGUGGAAGGGAAACUCGGAGACCUAACCGAGUUGAGUCUGAGUCAACUCGGGGUGAGAUCAGACGAGAGCGUGGUGGUACACUGGAUGCAGCAUCGGCUGUACGACGUCACCGGAAGCGACGCCGGAGCUCUGGAGGCCCUGCGGCGAAUCAGGCCGAGGCUGGUGACGGUGGUGGAGCAGGAUCUGAGCCGCGGCGGAGAGAGGAGCUUCCUGGGGAGGUUCGUGGAGGCGCUGCACCACUACAGCGCGUUGUUCGACGCGCUUGGGGAGGGAAUGGAGGAAGAAAACGCAGAGAGAUACACAGUGGAGGAGCAGUUGUUUGGGAGAGAGAUAAAGAACGUUGUGGUAGGUAGAGGGGAGAGGAAGGUGGAGAGAUGGUGGGAGGAGCUUAGCCGGGUCGGGUUUAGACCCGUUUCGCUGCGGGGAAACCCAGCCGCUCAGGCGGGUCUGUUGUUGGGAAUGAUGCCGUGGAAAGGCUACAGUUUGGUCGAAGACAAUGGAACCCUCCGUCUGGGUUGGAAGGAUUUGUCUCUCCUGACCGCCUCCGCCUGGCUCUCUCCACCCUCCCCUUGAUUUUUUUUUUUUUAAAUAUUCCCAUCCCAUGUAUAAUUUUUUUUAAAAAAAAAAUACUUUUGUUUGAAUGACAAUAAUAAUCAAUCACAUUGGAGCAAAAAAAAU